AUGUCUUCAGUUAAGGUGGCUGUGCGGGUUCGUCCUUUCAACGACCGCGAGAAAAACAUGAAUGCGGUGCUCUGCAUUUCUAUGGAGGGAAAAAGCACCACAAUAGAAAACAAAGACGACGCGAAAAACGCCACAAAGACUUUUGCUUUCGAUUAUUCAUAUUGGUCACACGAUGGAUUCGAGGUGGAGGACUCUGGUUACUGCAGGCCAGUAACCACCAAGUAUGCAGAUCAACAAAGGGUCUACGAAGAUGUGGGUAAAGACGUACUCAACAAUUCAUUUGAAGGGUAUAAUGCGUGCCUAUUUGCCUAUGGUCAAACUGGAUCAGGGAAGAGUUACUCUAUGGUUGGGUACGGAGCUAAUAAGGGUAUUAUCGUUCGAGCGUGCGAAGAAAUAUUUCAACGUAUACAGCAGAAAGCAGACCCCAGUCUCAGAGCUGAGGUUCUUGUAAGCAUGCUGGAAAUUUAUAAUGAGCAAGUGCAAGACUUGCUUCAGCCGAUGGACAAACGACCCAAGGGAGGACUGAAAAUCAGGCACACUCCUCAGUUAGGCACAUUUGUGCAAGAUCUCAGCAAAUGUCCAGUGGAUUCAUAUGCAGCAAUUCAGGCAAAAUUAGAUGAAGCGGACUCGGGAGAGCCAGUUUCACAGAAGUGUUCAGAGAUAAACCUCGUAGAUUUAGCAGGUAGUGAAAGAGCUGGAUCAACUGGUGCGACCGGAGACAGACUUAAAGAAGGAUGCGCCAUCAAUCAAAGCCUCAGCGCCCUUGGCAACGUUAUAUCCGCUCUUGCAGAUAAGGCUGCAGGAAAGCUGAAGCCAGGGCAGGUCGUGCCAUACAGGGAUUCGGCGCUGACGCGCAUUUUGCAAACAGCUUUGGGCGGCAACAGUAAAACUUGCAUGAUUGCUGCUCUCUCUCCAGCGUCUGUCAAUUACGAAGAGACCCUCAGCACUCUUCGCUACGCAGAUAGAGUGAAACAAAUAAAAAAUGAGGCCGUGGUGAACGAAAAUCCGCUAGAAAAGUUGAUUCGCGAGCUCAGAGAAGAAAAUGAGCGACUCAAAAAGGCAAUGGGUGGCGCCUUGCCUGCGCCUACUGGAGGUUCAGAGCCAGACCCAGCUAUGAUAGACGCCAUAAGGAAGCAGUAUGAGGAAGAGAUAGAGGCGAACAAAAGGGCUAUGGAAGAAAUGACGAUGUCGUGGCAGCAAAAAGUGGAGGAGGAGAAAAAAAGAGCAGCAGCUACUAGAAAGCCGGAGGAGCAGGCUGAGCUGACACUUCCUACAUUACAAAAUCUCAACGAAGAUCCUUUCCUAACCGGGAAGAUAAUUUGCGUCAUUAAGGAGGGCACGAGUACAUUUGGCAAAGCUGAUGGAGAGGAAGCGCCGACCUUCCGUAUCGGUGGCUUGGGCGUGGUAGCAGGGCACGCUACAGUGACUUGUAAGAAAAUACAGAACGACGCAGAGGAUCCGGAAGACAUAGUUUACAACGUAGUCCUGAUGGCCACAGGGAAGACAAUGGUAAAUGGGGCUGAACUGCAAGAAGGAGAACAACGACAACUGCAACACAAGGAUAGGAUAUUAUUUGGGCACAACAAUCUCUAUGUAUAUGUUGACCCCCUGGAUAUGGAUAAGACCAUGCCAUCGUGGGAAGAUGCAAUGAAGGAAGUGAAGAAGGAUCAGAUGGAAGCAUAUGGCCAGACACUUCGCACUGAAGAGGAAGUGGAGAGAGAGAAGAAAUUCCGGGAAACACUAAAAGAGCUAGAAGUUGAAAAAAAAGCUCUAGAGCAGGAGAGGCAGGCGCUGCUCAAAAGACUGGAGCAGAAAGAGCAAGAGUUACUUGCAAGCGGCGAAACGCAAGAGGUAAUACAAACCAAGCUUAAAGCCCUACAAGAGGAGAAACAAGAAAUUGAGCGGCAGUUGCAAAACAAGCAGGACGAACUAAGCGCACGUGAACUUAGGCUUAAAAAGGAAAAAGCAGAAGAGGAGGCGAGGAAAGAGGAGGAGAGAGCCGCCCGAAUUGAGCUAGACGAAAUAAUGACAAGAACAUCAUUACUAGUAGACGAGGCAAAUAUGAUUGCACAAGAACUAGGCGUUGGGGCUUUCUUUUCUCCGAAACUGACAAUGCGUGGAGACGCUGUAGGGAGGGGUGCGAGAGCAACCCUUGGUGGUACUGUAAUGCAAAGGCUAGAAAUUAUGAUUAGAGUUGACAGAAUGGAUUCAGAUAUUACUCAGCUCUGGCCAUUAGAUCUAUUUGAAAGAAAAGUGUUUGAGAUGCGAGAAAUCUAUGCUAAUUGGUCUCCGGAACCAGGACAGCCACUGAUUCUACCUGAUAAUAUGGCAGAUCCCUUCGCACCUGAUCCGGAAUCGCACCAGGUUGUGGGACAAGCGUACGUGUAUCUUGAGACAAUCAGGAGCCUGCUGCCAAUUGAACAAGAGCCGUUCCCUAUUUUCGAUUCUAAGGGACAGAAGCAGGGAACUCUUGUGGUAUCGAUCGAUAUUCAAGUCGGACCACCAAGAGCUGACAUCGAAGGGGAGGACGAAUUGGUAGCCAGGCGCUUAGAAGAUAUUGAUGACUUCGAUUCAGUUGAAGACGUUAGAGGGCGAGUGCUGACGAUUACAAUCACUGUGCACUCUGCAAACAAUUUGCCCGAAAGGUCCUGCAGACAUCCACAAGUGUUGUACCGCUGGCUCGACGGAAUGACAGAAGUCUCUGCAGUUUCGCUUGAAGAGUCUAGUCGCGAUGUCGUUUUCAAUAGCUCCAGGGAGUUUACUCUUGAUGCUAAUGAGGUUGUGGUUGAGUGGCUUUCUGGCGUCCUGGUAUUUGAAGUCAGUGGCAAGUUUGUGGACAAAACAGGGAAAGGAAAGGGUGAAAAAGGAUUAGGGGUGCAGAAGCUUGAGGAGGAAUUGAAGGAGAAGAAAGUUCUGCUGGAAAAAAUCGAAGCAGCACUUAAAAUGCAGGGCAAUUCGCUCCAAGAAUUACUACAAAAGGCCGGAAUCGACCCAAAAAGCAUAAGUGCGGAAGGGCCUGCAACAGGUGAAGAGGAGAAAGGGAAAGAAAGGAAGACCACGGACCAACAAGAGGAAGAAAAAGAAAAUACUGCCAAGGAUAGUGUUCCUUCAGUGCCUUUUAAAGCUCAGCAAAGCGGUGAUGCCGACCAAAAGGCCCCAGAUAUGCCUCUUGGGGAAAUCACGCAGCAAGGAGCUUCUAGCCUGACUGAUGGUGGAGCUGAUAUGCAAAAUAUAGAAGAGCAAAAGGCUUCUGGAGAAACCGCAGAAGAUCAAGACUCAGCUACACAUGAGGGCAAGACCUCAGGAGACGACACAGUUGAUGCGAGGAGUCCAGAGGAUGCCGGAGGAAGUGUAGCAGAGCUCACACGAUCAGCACCCACAGAUCCGAUGGAGUCAACUGAAGAGAAAUCGCCUGAAGCAGCGGAAUCUCCAGAGCAGCGGCCACCGGCAGUACAGGCAGAAGAAAUGACCGCCAGUGAUGGAGACCAACAAUCGGGGUAA